CGAGUCGCCAGAAGAACGCCUCUGAAGAUGCAGGCGCAUGCAGCACAUGCAUGAUGGCCCUAUCAGUGUCGCUGCAUUAUCAUCCAAUGGCAUCAUCCUUGGGAGCGCCUGACCAGAUGUAAGCCGCAGCCUGAUCUGGUUGAGGGGCUCCGGCCCCGUUUUCCGCACUCUGUCAGGAUUCGCUGGUCUCUCUCUGAAGAUUGUUUGCUUUGCAGGAGCGAUACUCCGUUGAGUCAACGUUCGUUCGUUCGUCAGUCGCCGACGACAGCAAUAUGCCAUGGCCGCCCUUCCGCCACGCCGCCGUGAAGACUUCACUGUCGCCGUAAUUUGCGCCCUUCCCCUUGAGUUCGACGCUGCAGAGCUAGCCUUCGACGAGCUGUGGGAUGAAUCCGAUCAUGGCCUCGGCAAGGCUGCAGGUGACGCAAACACCUACACGCUGGGUCGAAUUGGCAAGCACAAUGCCGUCCUCGUCCUCCUUUCCGGCAUAGGAAAGGCGAACGCAGCAAGCGCGACAGCCAGCCUUCGUUCCAGUUUCGGAGGUCUCAGGUUAGCUCUGCUAUGUGGCAUAUGCGGUGGCGUGCCUAAUGCGAAUUGUGAUGGGGAGAUGCUGCUUGGAGAUGUCAUCAUAAGCAAAAGUGUCGUUCAGUACGAUCUGGGGCGACGUUUCCCAGGCCAGUUCGAGUCCAAAGACACUAUACAAGACAGCCUGGGUAGACCAAUCAAAGAAAUUCGGUCCCUGCUCAUUGCAUUCGAAACUCAUAGGCAAAAGCAGCGCCUGACGAAGGAAAUCUCGAAAGGUCUGGUAAAAAUCCAAAACAAGGCAGUCAAAGAGAGUUAUGAUGUCGACUAUAGUCGACCAACAUACGAAGACGUGCUCUUCGAGCCCGACUACACCCAUAGGCAUCGAUCAGACGUGCAGUGCAGCUGCAACGAAACGCAGACAUGUGAGCAGGCGACGAAAGCGACAUGCGAGGAGCUCGGCUGUGACUUGAAGCACCAAGUGCCUCGAAGACGCCUCGAGAGCCAGCUAGCUGGGCAAGAGAAGACCACUGCGGAACACCAGCCUCGUGUAUUUCUUGGAUCGAUUGGAUCAGGAGACACCGUCAUGAAAUCCGGUAAGGACAGAGACCAAAUUGCGAGAGAGCGUAGCCUCGUCGCCUUUGAAAUGGAAGGUGCUGGAGUUUGGGACGAAAUCCCCUGCAUCAUCGUCAAGGGAGUGUGCGACUAUGCCGACAGUCACAAGAACAAAACUUGGCAACACUAUGCUGCGGCAACAGCUGCAGCAGCAACCAAGGCUCUCCUCGAUCGUUAUGCGCCAACAGCCGUCCGGGUUGAGCAGGCUGAGCCAGUCGAAACGAUUGGUUUCUCGCCCAAAUUUCAUGUACCAUAUGUCAAAAAUCCCGAGUUUGUUGGCCGACAAGAGAUCUUCAACCACAUCACGCAUCUAUUCGGGGACACGCAGACUGGUCUGCCCGCUACGAAACUGCGCUCAAGAGUGGCGCUCCAUGGGCUCGGCGGUGUAGGCAAGACGCAAAUUGCAUUGGCGUAUGCCUACUGGGUACAUGAGACUUUUUCUGAAGUUUCCGUCUUUUGGGUUCACGCCAGCAACCGCCAGCGCUUUCUUCAGGCUUUCACAUCGAUCGCUCGAGUGUGUCGCAUCCCGGGAUACGACGAAAGUAAGGCCGAUACCCUUCUUUUGGUGAAGCAGUGGCUUGAGAGUAAAAAAAGCGGUCGCUGGCUACUAAUCAUCGAUAACGCCGACGACAAGGAGACUUUCUUCACGGACUCUGGGCAAGACGGCAUUAGCACAGAUGUGUCAGCACUUGCAUCGGAAGGGGGACUAGGUCGCUUCAUCCCUGAGUGUCUCCACGGAUCCGUUCUCAUAACGACAAGGGACAUGCAGACAGGCCUGAGGAUGGCCGCGGGAGUUCCUCCAAUCAAAGUCAAUGAGAUGAUCGAUGCUGAGGCUGUUGAGCUGCUGCAGUCCUUGCUCCCGAACCAAACCUUCUCUCCAUCGGAAGCAAUCGCGUUGGCAUCUCGACUUGCGUACUUGCCAUUAGCGCUAGCACAAGCAGCCUCUUUCAUCCUCAAAAACUUCAUGUCCAUCACCGACUAUGUCCAACUACUGGACAAGAGCGACUCUAGCUUGGUGCGUCAGCUGAGCGAGCCUUUCGCGUCAGUAGGGCGAGACUCGGAGACUCCCCAUGCGCUGACGGCCACCUGGUUGAUUUCUUUCCGUCAAGUCGAAGAACGGUAUUCUUUGGCGGGCAAUUUGCUUUCUUUCAUGAGCAUGUUUGAUCGCCAGGCUAUUCCCAAAGCCUUCGUCGAAGGCUACUGCUAUGAGCAGCUUCGCAAGAAAUCGGGCUCUGUCGUCGACAUGGAUGCUCAUUUUGAGGGGGAUUCCGGCAUUGGCUCCGGCUAUAGUUUUGACUCAGACAGCGCCGUCGUAGGGUCUAGAGCCGGUUCUGAUGCCGGUUCUAAAUAUGGGACCAAUGCCAACUCUGAGGACGACUCUGAGACGACUUUGGAGAUCGCAAACGCCUUGGGGAUUCUCCAAGCGUUUUCCUUCAUCUCUCAGGCGAGCAAUGACACUUACGACAUGCAUCGACUCGUGCAUUUAGUCACGCGCAAACGUCUGUUGCAAGAGUCGACGAUGCCGCACUUUUCGAGCGAGGCUCUUGAAAUCAUGGCUCGUGCUUUCCCGUAUGGUGGAUUCCUGAAUCGAUUGACGUGCCUUACGUAUCUACCCCAUGCCCUCGCAAUUCUAGCACUCUCAAGUCCUCGGUCUGAUAAUGAGAAGAUCCAAACUGGACAGCUACUGUGCAAUGUGGCCAUAUACUUUGACUACCUAGGGCAAGCUUCGGAGGCAGAGACGUAUCUGACACGAGCAUUGGAACUACAAAGACAAGCACUUGGGCAGGAGCAUCCUGAGACACUUAAGACGAUGAGCGAGUUGGCGUCGUCUCACAUAAAUCAAGCGCAUCUAGAAGUGGCCGUUGAGUUGCUUCUGUCUACAUUGGAAGCCCAGAAGAGACUAUUGGCAGAAAGCGAUAACGAUGUACUACUCACGCGCUGUAGACUUGCACGUGCGUAUUUACGCCAACAUCGCCUUGAAGACGCAGAGAAGUUAUAUUUGGAAGCACUCGAGCUCUGUAAAGGAGCCGGAGGGGAUAAGGCAGGCAUGUCAUACACCUUAGCCGAACUUUCGACUCUGUACUUUGAGCAAGGGCGGUAUGGGGAGGCAGAGAAGCUGCAACUGCAGGUACUAGAGAGAGAUAGGGAGAUGUUCGGGGAGGACCAUUGGACUACAUUUUUACCCAUGAUGCAGCUGGGGCGUACGUAUGUGAAUCAGGGCCGUCUAAUAGAGGCAGGGGACAUACUUUCACAGACGCUAGCUCGAAGCAAAAUAAUAUUGGGUGAAGAGCAUCUUGGUACGGUAGGUCUUAUGAAGUCUUUAGCACCUCUCUAUGAGAAGCAAGGUCGUUUGGCAGCGGCGGAAGAACUCUUUCUGGAGGUGCUAGACAUCAAGAAAUCAUCGAUGGGUGAGAAACAUGAUGACACAGCAUGGGCCAUGAGAGAUUUAGGAGGAUUCUAUAAGAACCAGGGUCGCCUAUUAGAGGCAGAGGAGAUAUUCCUGAAGGUGCUAGAACUACGGAGAAUGACGUUAGGCGAGGGGCAUGAGGAUACACUUACGGUCAUGAAAGACUUAGGACUUAUGUAUCAGGAGUCAGGUCGCCUAGAAGAAGCGGAAGAGUCCUAUCUGGAGGUACUUCACUUACAAAGAAUUAUGUUAGGCGAGGAGCAUGAGAAAACAGCAUGGUCUAUGGCAAAGUUAGGACAAAUCUUUGUCCAACAAGGGCGACUGGCAGAAGCGGAGAAAUCUCAACUACGAGGAUACGAAGUAAACAGAAAGGUUUUAGGGGAAGAGCACGCCCACACUCUAACGGAUGAGCAUAACUUGGCUUGUAUUUGGUGGGAUCAAGGCCGGAAAGUGGAAGCAAUUCAGCUGAUGAGGAAGUGCGCCAAGGCUCGAGAUCGCGUUUUUGGUCGAGAUCACGAACAUACAAAAUGCUCCCUCGAAGCAUUGUCAUACUGGGAGGAAGAGAUGGACACGGAGCACAACAGCGACAAUGAGUCGGGGCACGGAAGCGAAGAUUCUAGCGAGGACGAGGAGGAAGACACGUAUGCACGUUCAUACUUAGACUCCGACGACGAUUCGGAUGAUGGCGAAGGAGCACGCCUAUAGAAACUUGUUACUCAGAGCCAUAGCGAACAUGAAUUGCAAAAGCCCGCUCUGCCCAAGUCAGUUGUCAAACGCUAAAGGCGUAGUCAAAUC